UAGUUUCCUACUCGUCCGUCCUCGAUUUGUCCGUCUCUGCCAAGCAACAAGAGCUGUACCAAAAACAACAGCUGGAUGUCGAAAGGUGGACCGAGCUGGUCGCCGAGGCAAAGGCGCUUCGAAUCGAGAUGACCAAGAUCGCUGCCGACUAUGACUAUGACUGGAAGGGUCAGCUCGAGGGUCUGGAGGAUGUCGAGGUCGAGGUCAAGCAGAAGGAUGGGUCGGACAAGACAUCACCGGCAGAUCAGGAAGGUGACAAGAAGAAGGAUACCGUCACUUCCGUCUAUGUCAGGACGGAUGAAGGGAAAAAGGUUGACAUCGACGACACGAUCGACGAGGCCGCCGAUAUGGAACGCCAAGCGAGGAAGAAGGAGGGUACUCGUCGGCACGGCAAGGGAGGCAACACCGAAGAGAUGGAUGCCAGUCAAGCUGCUGGGGAACGUAAAGCCCAAAAGGUCAUCGGUCAAGAGCCCAUCUCGGCGGGAGAACAGAAGCGGGGCUUGCACACGGACCGAGCGCAGAGGGACUCGCGAGUGCCUCUCCCGGUCGUUGGUCGAGUCGGUCUAGGACGAUCGUUCUCUACCUCCACGAUCUCGCAGGCUGCCAGUGUCCAGGUCAGCGAGCAGAUGUACAAGCUCAUCACUCACAAGGUUGCCGCUUACCAGGAGGCGCUGAAGGCACAAUCUUCAGGGGACGAACAAGAGGUUUCUGAGCAGAUUCAACUUGCCCGGACCAUUAAAGAGUCGGAGCCCUUGGUCGAGGCAUGGAAGGAGUACAACGACGCUAUCGAGGCGUGGCAAGAAGCUGAGACGCUGCUGCGGGACAACGACCCUGACAUGAAGGCUCUAGCAGAGGAUGAGAUUGCUUCACUCCGAGAGCGACUUACUGCGUUGUGCGAGACCCAGCUCCCUUCGCUAUUACUCCCUUCAUCUCAAUCCGCCCAGCUAUCAGCCAUCCUGGAGAUCAAGGCUGGAGCUGGGGGAGAUGAAGCAUCUCUGUUCGUGGAGGAAGUCAUGCGAAUGUAUAUGCGGUAUGCCGCUGAACGGAACUGGCGCACAUCAAUCCUCAGCAAGACGGUCGGCAACGUGGGCGGAAACGGUCUCAAGGAUGUCACGCUCGAAGUGAAGGGCGAGGGCGCAUUCGGUGACUUUCGUUUCGAACGAGGAGUCCAUCGAGUGCAGCGAGUUCCUGCGACCGAAUCUGCCGGUCGGGUUCACACAAGCACCAUUGCCGUUGUGGUCUUACCAUUAUCUGAGAACAGCAAUGAGACUUCCGAUGACCUAGUCGACGAGAAGGAUGUGAAGACAGAGGUUAUGCGGGCUCGGGGUGCCGGAGGCCAGCAUGUCAACAAAACAGAGUCGGCGGUCCGCUUGACACACAUUCCGACAGGCAUCACUGUUUCGAUGCAGGAUUCUCGAAGUCAACAUCAGAACAAAGCUUGGGCUUGGCAGAUUCUAAGAGCACGUCUACUCGAUCAAAAGAUGGCACAAGCUGUACAGGACCGCCGAGAUACCCGUCGAUUACAGGUCAAGGGCAUGGACAGAAGCGACAAGGUCCGCACUUACAACUUUCCGCAAGAUCGAGUGACCGACCACCGGAUAGGGUUGACUACGACGGGUCUUGAAGGGAUAUUAGAAGGAGAAGGACUGGACUACAUCAUCUCCAAGCUCAAGGAUUAUAAUCAGGGUCUUCGUCUGGAAAGCCUGCUCGAGACAGGCGAGGACUUGGACGAGUAGAGGAGCAGCGCAAGGUCAUAAGCAUGCUCGUGUCAUACAUCACUUGCCCAAAGCAUUACUAGAAAUACAGUACAAUAGC